UCAUUGUAGGAACAUGAGCGCACAGGGGAUUGAGAGUAUGGAGGCGAAGAGGAGGAGGGGGGAGAAGUCCGCCACCAGCGAAGGUGCCAUCCCUCUAGAGGUGCUGGACUGCGCCUUCUGCUUUGAUCCCCUCAGGCCUCCCGUCUUUCAGUGUAGGGUCGGGCAUGUGAUAUGUUCGUCUUGCCAUCACAAGCUCCGGAAGAAGGACAAUUGCCAUGUGUGCGCCAUUACCGGAGGCUACAACCGCUGCAUCGCCUUCGACCACAUCCUCGAGUCUAUUAAGGUCUCUUGCUCCAACUCCAUCUAUGGGUGCACCAUCAAGACACACUACUACCAGCAAGAGGAGCAUGAGAAAUCGUGUCCGCAUGCGCCGUGCUUCUGCCCCGAACCUGGUUGCGGCUUCGCAGGCUCAACCGCCCAACUCCAGCGCCAUCUCACUGUCGAUCACAUGUUGCCCGCAACUGCGUUUGCGUAUGGAUAUUCUUUCACCCUUCAUAUGCAGGAAGGAAUGCGUGUUCUCCACAGGAAAGAAGAAGGUGGCCCCCUUUUCCUAGCAAAGUUCACGUUGGUGCCACCUUUCGGCAAUGCUAUCUCCAUCUUGUGCAUUCAUCCUCAUGUUGUGACAGAAAAUCAUAGAUUCGAGUGCGAUGUUGAUUUCUACAGCCGCACCAUGGGAUGGCACCAACAUUCAAAUUUCCAGAUUAUAAGCACGAAUCUCUCCAACGGGUUCCCAGGGGAGGAGGCCAGCUAUACAUUUGUUGUGCCAAAAAUUUCUUCCGACCCGCACACCACCACCACCCGCCUCCUCAUUCGCCCCCCAAAGAUAACCUGUCCCUAAGUGACCAGCAUUGGAGAAGUUCGUAGUCAGGGGGUUUCUACCGCAUAUGUGUGGCGGCAGUGAUAUGCCGUGGUGCUACUUGAGAGUUGUUUACUAGUCAUGACUAGUUGGAUGUUUUAUUUUAUAUCGCCAAAGCUACAAUUAAAUAAAUCUAGAAGUUUGUG